GUGACUCGGACAUAUUUACCUGCGGGACCGUCCGUCACGAUUACAGUUCCGUCUAAAAAUGGCGGAGUAUGCCAACAUCGUCCGAAGGGCUUUGGGACAGGUGGGAGGUCACGGCGGAAUACGAGGUUUACUUCUCCAGCUGUUCAGGGUCAACGAUGUGAAGACAGGGACCCUGGUGGGCACUGAUAAGUACGGGAACAAAUACUAUGAGGACACCAAGCACUACUUCUUUGGACGGCACCGCUGGGUCAUCUACACCACCGAGAUGAAUGGGAAGAACACCCUGUGGGAGGUGGACGGCAGCAUGGUGCCCGCUGAGUGGCAUCGCUGGCUGCACUGCAUAACAGACGACCCCCCCACCACACACCCGCCGGUGCCAAAGAAGUUCCUGGCCGAGACCCACCAGUUCAACGUGAGCGGCACGUCCCAGCAGUACGUGCCCUUCUCCACCACACGCAAGAAGAUCCACGAGUGGGUUCCCCCCAAAGUCGGCUCCCAGUGACCUCAUCACGACCUCGUCUGAUUCCCCUCGCUGUACAUUAGGAUCUCCAGCUAGCUCUCUGAAUAAAGUCCCUAUACAAAUACUGUUGGUGUGGCUGGCAGUCCUUUAUGUGAAUUAUUUGAGACCAUAUGGAGUCUCCCAGCGUUAAAGGAAUACUCCAACAUUCUGGCCAAAUGUCCCCUUUUUCCAUCUCCUCCAGACUGAGACAAGAUAUUGGACACCAUCUUCACCUCUGUACGUCCAGUGGUUCGGUUUCUAUGGUUAGCAUUUUGUGUUAGCUUAGCAUAAAGACUUGAAUUCAAUAGGAGCCAUUAGCCUAGGUCAGCCAAAGUGAA